AUGUGCCGCUGCUGUCGCCGCUGCUGCGCACCAGUGUGCGACGUUGCCACCCGGCGCCAUCACGGAAACAAGGAGCACCACGGCCGGGUGGACUUUAAAAAGAUGAACAAGCUGAAGCAUCACUUCCACCAUUCCACGUCGCCGUCGUCCGCGGGGCGGCGUCCGAUGAUGCAUAGGUACGGGAGAACCACGACGUCCACGGCGUUGCCGCCCACGCGGCGCCCGAAGUACCAAAUGGUCACGGAACCUGAGCUCAUCGAAGUAGUGCCCAUCUUCGCCCGGAUGCGAGACGUGGGUCACAACCACUGGCGUGACAUGGAACGCGAGCAGGAAUUCGAGAGGGACCGGAUGCGAGAUCGGGACCGGAUGCGAGACACGGACCGGGACCGACUCCAGGACAGCGGCAUCCACAUCGUCAACGGACGUCCGAAACACAAGCGGCCCUUCGGGGACCGGGUUCGAGUUAAUGCCAUUGACGGGCCCGGUGAGGAACCCGUGGGUGUCGGCGCUGGAGGCGCCGUCGUCAAUGCGCCGCUCCGCCAGGACCGAGUGUAUUUUAAGCGACUCGAGCGUCGCCGGCGGUGGCUUCAUGACCACUUUGAGUGAGACUGGAGAAUAAAUCCAGAGAAAGAAUAUAAAUAAUGUGGGCUCUUCCUCUUUCACCCCCUGU